AUGCAGCAGAGACACAGAGACACAGCAGAUCUCAGGGCUGUGGCGGUGGUUGUGGCGGUGGCGGUGGUUGUGGUUGUGGCGGUGGUUGUGGCUGUGGUUGUGGCUGUGGCGGUGGUUGUGGUUGUGGUUGUGGUUGUGGCUGUGGUUGUGGCUGUGGUUGUGGUUGUGGUUGUGGCUGUGGUUGUGGCUGUGGUUGUGGUUGUGGCGGUGGUUGUGGCUGUGGCUGUGGUUGUGGCUGUGGUUGUGGUUGUGGCUGUGGUUGUGGUGGUGGUUGUGGCUGUGGUUGUGGUUGUGGCUGUGGCUGUGGCAGUGGUUGUGGCUGUGGCUGUGGCGGUGGUUGUGGUUGUGGCUGUGGUUGUGGCUGUGGUUGUGGUUGUGGCUGUGGUUGUGGCUGUGGCGGUGGUUGUGGCUAUGGUUGUGGUUGUGGCUGUGGCUGUGGCAGUGGUUGUGGUUGUGGUUGUGGUUGUGGUUGUGGCUGUGGCUGUGGCUGUGGCAGUGGUUGUGGCUGUGGUUGUGGUUGUGGCGGUGGUUGUGGCUGUGGUUGUGGUUGUGGCUGUGGCAGUGGUUGUGGCUGUGGUUGUGGUUGUGGCUGUGGUUGUGGCUGUGGUUGUGGUUGUGGCUGUGGCUGUGGUUGUGGCUGUGGUUGUGGUUGUGGCUGUGGCGGUGGUUGUGGCUGUGGUUGUGUGGGGUGGUUGUGGUUGUGGUUGUGGCUGUGGUUGUGGCGGUGGUUGUGGUUGUGGUUGUGGCUGUGGCUGUGGUUGUGGUGUGGUUGUGGCUGUGGUUGUGGCUGUGGUUGUGGUUGUGGCUGUGGCUGUGGUUGUGGUUGUGGUUGUGGUUGUGGCUGUGGCGCUGGCUGUGGCUGUGGCUGUGGUUGUGGCGGUGGUUGUGGCGGUGGUUGUGGUUGUGGUUGUGGUUGUGGCUGUGGCAGUGGUUGUGGCUGUGGUUGUGGUUGUGGCUGUGGUUGUGGCUGUGGUUGUGGUUGUGGCUGUGGCUGUGGUUGUGGCUGUGGUUGUGGUUGUGGCUGUGGCGGUGGUUGUGGCUGUGGUUGUGGCGGUGGUUGUGGUUGUGGUUGUGGCUGUGGUUGUGGCGGUGGUUGUGGUUGUGGUUGUGGCUGUGGCUGUGGUUGUGGUUGUGGCUGUGGUUGUGGCUGUGGUUGUGGUUGUGGCUGUGGCUGUGGUUGUGGUUGUGGUUGUGGUUGUGGCUGUGGCGCUGGCUGUGGCUGUGGCUGUGGUUGUGGCGGUGGUUGUGGCGGUGGUUGUGGUUGUGGUUGUGGUUGUGGCUGUGGCUGUGGCGCUGGCUGUGGCUGUGGCUGUGGUUGUGGCGGUGGUUGUGGUUGUGGUUGUGGCUGUGGCGGUGGUUGUGGCGGUGGUUGUGGUUGUGGCUGUGGCGGUGGUUGUGGCUGUGGUUGUGGCGGUGGUUGUGGUUGUGGUUGUGGCUGUGGCUGUGGUUGUGGUUGUGGUUGUGGCUGUGGUUGUGGUUGUGGUUGUGGCUGUGGUUGUGGCGGUGGUUGUGGCUGUGGUUGUGGCUGUGGCGCUGGCUGUGGCUGUGGCUGUGGUUGUGGCGGUGGUUGUGGCGGUGGUUGUGGUUGUGGUUGUGGUUGUGGCUGUGGCGCUGGCUGUGGCUGUGGUUGUGGCGGUGGUUGUGGUUGUGGUUGUGGCUGUGGCUGUGGGGGUGGUUGUGGCGGUGGUUGUGGUUGUGGCUGUGGCGGUGGUUGUGGCGGUGGUUGUGGUUGUGGCUGUGGCGGUGGUUGUGGCGGUGGUUGUGGUUGUGGCUGUGGCGGUGGUUGUGGCGGUGGUUGUGGUUGUGGCUGUUGCGGUGGUUGUGGCUGUGGUUGUGGCGGUGGUUGUGGUUGUGGUUGUGGUUGUGGCUGUGGCGCUGGCUGUGGCUGUGGCUGUGGUUGUGGCGGUGGUUGUGGUUGUGGUUGUGGCUGUGGCUGUGGCGGUGGUUGUGGCGGUGGUUGUGGUUGUGGCUGUGGCGGUGGUUGUGGCUGUGGUUGUGGCUGUGGUUGUGGCGGUGGUUGUGGUUGUGGUUGUGGUUGUGGCUGUGGCUGUGGCGGUGGUUGUGGCGGUGGUUGUGGUUGUGGCUGUGGCGGUGGUUGUGGCGGUGGUUGUGGUUGUGGCUGUGGCUGUGGCGGUGGUUGUGGCGGUGGUUGUGGUUGUGGCUGUGGCGGUGGUUGUGGCUGUGGUUGUGGUUGUGGUUGUGGCUGUGGCUGUGGCGGUGGUUGUGGCGGUGGUUGUGGUUGUGGCUGUGGUUGUGGCUGUGGUUGUGGCUGUGGUUGUGGCUGUGGCGGUGGUUGUGGCUGUGGUUGUGGUUGUGGUUGUGGCUGUGGCUGUGGUUGUGGUUGUGGCGGUGGUUGUGGUUGUGGCGGUGAAGCAAAGGGACAGAUGGAAGGACUUAGUGUUUGUGGCGAUGCAAAAGUAA